CUAAAGGCUGUGAAGCACGCUGAAGUCUUUGCACCAGUCCAUGGGAAAAGCGUCAUGGAGGGCUGCAUAUUCUUCCUUUAUGGUAUGAUACUUCUCCCAGGUAUUGCUGCCAGUGUGCAUCAGGUGAAGGCAUUUCUCAAUCACACUGCAUACCUAUCCUGCUAUUUUCCAAACUCUCAGAAAACUGACAUAAACGAUUUAAGAGUUUUUUGGCAAAAAGGUGCUGUGGAAGUGGUGCAUGAAGUGUACUAUGGCCAAGAAAAACAUGACAACCUUAGUCCUCAAUAUAUAAACCGCACCAAGAUGGAUAUGGGUAAAUGGACCUUGCAAUUGUUGAAUGCAGGAAUUGUGGACGAGGGAGAGUAUACAUGUAUUAUACAGCACAGAGAUAGAGGAUCACCAAAGGUCAUACACACAUCUGAGUGCUUACUGCACAUCAUUGCCAACUAUAGUCAACCUGAAAUAGCAUGGCUGCACACUGGGGACCUAAAGCCCAACGCAUACUUGAAUCUUUUCUGUUCUUCCAGCGGAGGUUAUCCAGAGGCCAAGCAGAUGACUUGGCUAAUUUCAUAUGAAAACAAAACAUACAGGCAUAUGCAUCACAUGGAUGUCUCACAGGAUGCUGUAACAAAGCUGUACAAUGUCACUAGCAAGCUGAAUAUCACAGUUCCUACAAACACCUUCACUAAUAUUAGCUGCUUGCUUCACCUUGGAGAGCAGCUGGGGAGCCUCGUCUCAGUGCCACUAGGCAUAGAGAUACAGGGGGAAGAAAUGGAGCAAGUGAAGAUAAAUUUCUUUGGCCCACUUAUAGCUGUGAUUAUACUGAUUACACUUUUUCUGGGUUUUGUGAUAUUGAAGAAGAACAGAAAUAUCUCAUCUACCAACCAGAGUAUCAGUCUAGCAGUCUAGAAGCUACCCAG